AUGCUUACAACGACCGAUUUGGAGUCCUUCCCAAGAAGUUGCAACCGUACUAUUUCGAAAUUAUCGCCUUCAAUGAGGUCACCUACCUACGCAACUGUACAGCUUAUUCUGCAGCAGAAAACCUUACAACUGAAUAAGCUAGUGCUCUGCCGACGAUUAGCCGCCGAAGUCUACCAAAACCAGACGUCGAUCCCCCGAAGUCACAUCGUCUCCGAUCCAAAUUAUGGUGACAGCUCGAAAAACAUGGUCACCCUCUGUCCUACAAAGAAGACCUCAGUUCCAACUAUCAUGUUCAUCAUUAUUGGUACAUGCGCUGGAGCAGUGCUGAUCCUCAUUAUCGCGACCGUUCUCUUCCGUCAAAAAUAUAUGUGGCUGGAGAAGCUCAAUCGAUUCCGAUCGCACCACUAUGGCGACCAGGAAAUGGAGGACGAUGAAAUGAUCGACUACUGGGAGCUUUCGCCGGAACAGGUCGUCAUCAAGAACGAGCAGUUAGGUCACGGAGCCUAUGGUCAAGUCUACAAAGGAAAGCUUAUUGGUCCGUCACCGGGAAUACUACGGCAUCACAAGAAUGAGAUAGCCCAGUUUUCUGACUGUGAUUGUGCAGUGAAAAUGCUACCCAAGUACGCGUCCGACAGCGCCAGAUCGGAAUUCAUGCACGAGAUCGAGCUGAUGAAAAAUCUUGGAUUUCACGACAACAUCGUCAGCAUGCUGGGCUGCAUCACCUCAGUAAAUAAGUCCUGCCUUGUGAUGGAAUACUGUGCCAACCGGGAUUUGCUUCGAUUUCUGAAGCAACGAAAAACGGAACUGGAGAUUAGUAAAUCAAUCGAUGAGCAGAUCGAAUGUACUAAGGAGUUCCUGAACUUCGGAUGGCAAAUCGCUCAGGGAAUGUGUUACUUGGGACAGAAGAAUAUCAUUCAUCGAGAUCUAGCCGCAAGGAAUAUUCUCAUCGCUGGAACGGAUGGAGUGAAAAAUGCAAAGAUCAGUGAUUUUGGACUUUCGCUGACCACGGACGGUGAGUCGCCGUUGUCAGCCAGCGGUCGCCUGCCGAUAAAGUGGUUAGCGAUAGAAUGCCUACAGCGAGAGUUGUUCUCAGUGAAGAGUGACGUAUGGUCAUACGGUAUUGUUCUUUUCGAGAUGUAUUCAAUGGGUGAGCGUCCGUUUGAGGAUAUCGAGCCGUUGAACCUUAUUCCUCAUUUGGAAGCUGGCAAUCGGCCAAAAAGACCACUACUUGCUACGGACAAAAUAGCUGAAGUUAUGACGAGAUGUUGGGACAAAGUACCUGCUAAACGACCAUCUUUCGAAGAGAUCUCAUACAUAUUUACUGGAUUACUCGAAGAGAUCGAGGUGCUCUUACAAAGCAAAUCGUACGCUACCACCCGUCGAAUUGCUGCAGACAUCUCACACAAACCAAAGGAAGUAGCUCUGCAGAGUCGAGAAAUGUUUGGUCUACGUAAACCAUACACCGCCACUGUAUCUGUGCAAAUCUAUAGCCACUAUAAGAGGCGAGCUAAUCCGAGGUGGGUCAUGCUCGUUUGGAGUACGAAGUGCGAGUACGAAUCCUACACCACUGCAGACCUUCAAAAGACAGUACGCUUGCACACUACUGUUUGCAGUGCCGUAGAGACGUCUACCGAAGGAUAUGGAUAUUUGGCACUGAUCAAGACUGCCGAAACCUACAUGGCAACUGCAGAGCUAUCUAGUCACCAUGAGCGAGAGAACGACGUGGUGGUUUCUGAAGCUUACAAUCAGUGUGCUAUAGCCCAAAUCGGUACUACUACCACUGCAGGGGCAGAAGUAGAAGUGGAAGACGCUCUUCUGCAGGACGUGCUGUCGAAUGCAGACUGCCACCUAGCAAAGCCUAAUACGGUUCUUGACGUUUCUCGAAUUCUCAUCUUCAGCAAUACUGGCACCGAACUUUCGAAAAAAUUCGCUGCUAGUCCUCAAUGGAUGAAAAGUCCAAGAACUUUAAGAACGGAACAACUUAUUACCAGCCAAGGGAAAGAAGUUGGAGGUGGUACGUGUAAAAUGAAGGGGAGAGCGACAUUGGUUCUCCGGUUGAUGUGUCCCAGAGUUUGGAGACCUUUGGAGGAAAAAAGUGUUGUUCCGAGACUCAGAAAACGAGCUAUCACGUACACAACACCGAUGUCGUCACUGGAUUCUUCUGAUGAGUUUCCUCACUUGGCCGACAAUGAGCUAUCUAAAGACGAAAACACAAAACUUACUAUAUUGUGCGAAGGUAUCAUGUCGGCUGAUAUCGCUUUCUGA